UGCCGAAGUCUGGGGCUCCGGGGGAAGCCGAGGCUUGUUGGGAGUUUAGACGAGCGGAGGCAGCAAAAUGGCGGAUGAAGAUAUUACGCUUGAUGGAAAACCUCUACAUUCGCUCCGAGUGGCGGACCUUAAAGCUGCUCUUGAGCAAAGAAAACUCCCUAAAAGUGGACCGAAAAAUGCACUGAUAAAGCGCCUAAAAGGGGCCCUGAUGUUGGAAGACCUCCAGAGGUCCUCGGCCUCUAACUCUGGGCUGCAGCCCAACUCCCAGAUAGGGGAGGAGAUGAGCCAGAACAGCUUCAUUAAACAGUACCUGGCCACACAGCAGGAGCUCCUGCGUCAGAAGCUGGAGAGAGAGGCCCAGCACGCCGCCGAGACGGACGAGAGCUCCGCAGCAGAGGAAAAGGAGGAGCCCUCUGAAGGAAAUGACGCACUGGACACGCUGCGUCACUCAGUGGCCCCUCAGCCAGUGAUGGCUCGGCCGGAACCGGAGGGCCACCGGGGCCUCCGCAUGGGCCUGCAGGAGGCUCCGGGGGCCCCCGGCACCUGGCCCCUGUGGAACGCCCGCCACCAGCCGGAGCCCUCCCCGCCCCGCGCCGUGGCCUCGCUCUCGGUGCGCGUCCUGGGCCAGCCGGACCGCCAGGGCCCGCAGCCCGCCGUCCCCCAGCGGGCCUCCGACAAGGAGGGCGCUGCCCCCGCGGAGCCGGGGUCCGCGCACCCCGUCCUGCACCUCAGCCGCUCGGCCAUGGCGGCGGCAGCGGCGGGGGCGGCGGGGGGGCCCGGUCGGGACCGGGACGACAGCGACGACGGGGACGACGACGACGACAGCGACGAGGAGAGCGACGAGGAGGAGGAGUGGGGGGCGCAGGUCAAGUCGGGCCGGGCCCCCGCCCAGCUCCGCCCCCAGCAGCAGCCGCAGCAGCAGGCACACGCCAGCGCCCCGCCCGCCGCCUCCCGCUCCCGGCGCAAGCUCCAGCCCCCGCAGCACAUCCCGCCGCCGCAGGCGCACCCGCCCCCCAUGCAGCUGCGGCACCCCACCCCGCCUCCCUCGCCUCCCCCCGAGCUGUCCUUCCCGCUCCCCGACACGCCCAAGCAGAGCCCGCCCAACGCGGAGGAGGCGGGGGGGUCGGGCGGGGAGAGCCCCAGGGCGCGGGCGCCAGGGGGCCGCCGCCGCCCGCCGCCGCCGCAGCGCGACGAGGAGGACGACUCGGACUCCAGCGCGCGCUCCAGCAGCCCCGAGCCCACCCAGCGGCGGGGGGCGGGACUGCUGGCCCGGCUCGCCCACCGGAUGGACGCCGAGAAGGGGCAGCCCGCGGCCGGGGAGCCGGAAGCCGUGGACAUGUCGGUGGGCACGGUGUGGCGCUGCUCCGCUUCCUCCUCCUCUUCCUCGGCGGCGGCAGCAGUAGCUGGCCCCCCCGCCGCCCUGAUCCCAGGGAGACCGACGGAGGGCCAGAGAAGGAAAGAGGGGGCCGGAGACGGUGCAGGGAACACGCGGCCGGGGGAGAAGGAAACACCCCAGAAGAGGGAGGAGCCGGAGAAGAUGGAAGUGGAGUCCACCAGCCGAGAGGAGGAGGAGGAGCAGCAGAAGAUGGCGCAGAGGCGGCCAGGAGAGGAGCGGGACAGGAAGGGAGUAGCGGAGGGCGAGAGACACCUGCCUCCAUGGAAGCGAGGGCGGGCGGCCGCGGCGACGACCCUGUCCACUGGGAGAGGAGAGGAGGCGGAGCCAAAGACGGACUCCGCCCACAGCGAGGCUGCCCUCGCGAAGGCGCCUGUCGUCGCGCCAUCGGUGACCGUAAAGAGGCCUCACGUGUCCACCGACUCCGCUGCACCGCCCACCAGGGCACCGCCCAUCAGGGCACCGCCACGAGGCGGGGUGGUGAUCACUGUCCGGGACUCCGGGUCCUCGUCGGACUCGGACUCUGGGUCUGACUCGCCCUCGCCCUCGUCCCAGUCUUCCACCUCACCGCAGGAGAAGCCCCCACCUGCCAAGCUAGUCAAGAGCGCUGGCCACGGACGUGAGGGAGCCGAGGAGAAGCAGAAGACCAGCGUGGACGGGGAGAAAGCGACUCCACGCCAGAAGGCAGAAAGGGAGGUGUCUGAGUCGAGCGAAGCCCCGGCGAAGGAGGCGGAGCCAGACACUCAGAGCGCCAUGGCCCAGGAGCCGGCGUCCGAGGCCAAGCCGGCGAACGGCAGCGGCGGCGGCCUGGAGGAGAGCACAACUCCUAAGGCUUUUGCUGCCCGGAAGAUCUCCCUUAACAGCAGCAAGACGUCUCCACCCACCGGAGCGGACGCAUCGGCGGCGGGGGGUACGGCCGUCGAGUCCGAGACGGGGGGCGGUGCCGCCGCCGGGAGGAAGAGGAGGUGGGGCUCCAGCGCGGCCGUCACCACCAAGAAGCCGUCCAUCAGCAUCACCACAGACUCCCUCAGGUCGUUGAUCCCGGACAUCAAGAUGAACCAGGAGGCGGUGGUGGACCUCCAUCCGGAGGAGCUCCAUCUUUCUGGGGAGGAGGAGGAGGAGAGCCAGGGCAUGGACAACGGCCGGGCCGACCACGACCUCGGCCUCAAGAUCCGACGCACCGUCACACAGGUUGUCCCGGGCGACGGGAAGGAGAACGGCCAGGGGCGGGAGCCGCAGCCGCCGCAGGACGGAGACGAGGAGGAGGAGGAGGAGGAGGAGGAGCAUGACGACGAGGAGGAGCAGCAGCGGCUGGAGAAGGAGAAGCAGCGCAAGGCCCCCAAGGAGCGGCGGAGGAGCAGCACCCGGGCGGAGGACGCGGGCGUGCCGCGCCACAGCCCUGCCCGGCAGGAGGCCGAGGCCCAGAAAGUCACUCCCAGUGACAGCGUCGUGCGGCGCUCCAUCAGCCAGCAGAAGUCGGGCAUGUCCGUCACCAUCGACGACGCCGGCGCCGCCCUGGCCCCCCGGCAGCCCUCGCCGCCCCGCGGGAAGCUCUCCGCCAUCGUCCACGUCAGCAACCUGGUGAGGCCCUUCACCCUGGGCCAGCUGAAGGAGCUGCUGAAGCGCACCGGCACGGUGCUGGAGGAAGGCUUCUGGAUCGACAAGAUCAAGUCCCACUGCUUCGUCACGUACGCCACGACGGACGAGGCGCAGGCCACCCGGGCGGCCCUCCACGGGCUGAAGUGGCCCCCCAGCAACCCCAAGGUCCUCAGCGUGGACUUCUCCCAGCAGGAUGAGCUGGACUUCCACCGGGGCACCCUGAAGGUGGAGCGGCUCCCGGAGACGCCGGCCCCGCCCCCGGGGGGCCCUCCCGCCCGCCUGCCCCCGCUGAUGCCCGAGCGGGAGCGCGACCGGGACAAGGGCCGCGAGCGCGGGGGCGGCCUGCGGGAGCAGUGGGCGGAGCACGGGCCGAUGGGCGUGGCCAUGCGGGACCCGUGGGCGGAGCGCGGCGGGCCCCUGGGUGGCGGCGGCGGUGGCGGCGUGCGGGACCAGUGGGCGGAGCGUGAGCGGGAGAUGCAGCGGCGGGAGCAGGCGCGCUGCGAGCGGGAGUGGGACCGCGACAAGAUCCGGGAGUUCGGGCAGCCCGGCGAGGAGGUGCGGCGCUCCCGAUCCCGGGACCGCGAGCGCAGGAGGCGGGAGAGGGCCAAGAGCAAGGAGAGGAAGAGCGACAAGAAGGACGAGCCCCCGGCGAAGCUGCUGGACGACCUGUUCCUGAAGACCAAAGCAGCCCCCUGCAUCUACUGGCUGCCCCUCACCGAAGAGCAGGUGAAGAAGCGCAAGGAGCAGGAGCAGGAGGACACCAAGAGGAAGGAGGAGGAGAGGAAGGAGCGGCUGAAGGCCCGGGAGGCGGGCGGUCCCCUGGGUGGAGGAGGAGGAGGAGGAGGAGGAGGAGGAGGGGGGGGUGGUGGUGGGGGUGGUGGUAUGGGUGGUGGCGGUGGUAUGGGUGGUGGCGGUGGUAUGGGUGGCGGUGGCCGGGGCGGCGGCCGAGCGAUGUCGGGCGCUCGCAGAGCGGACAUCCUCCAGGAGCGGGAGGGAGACCGGAAGAGGGACGGGUUCCGGCCCAGAGGACCCUCUGGAGGGGCCAUGGGGGGACCCCCGGGUGGGGGGGGGUGGCGGCGGCGGCGCCGGUGCCGGUGGUGGCGGCCGUCGCUCCCGUAGCCGUAGCAACCCAAGGGGUAGGCGGCGCUAAGCCCCCCCCUCCCUCCCCCCCAUCCUUCAGUGUCGCCCUCGAAGGUGAGAAGUGGAGCGCGGCCGGCGCCAUCGUCGGGCUGCGGCGUGCGUCCGGUGGGAGGGUCCCGUCUGUUUCCCAGCUGCCGGGCUCCCCCCCCCCCCCCCCCCACGACUACUGUCUGCCGCCGACACUGAUCUGCUACCGCGGUCCGGAUGACGUGCUGGCCCACAGGUUUCUCUUUCCGUUAGGUCUUAUGUUUUUGAGUGGAAUAAUGGUUUAAUCUUAGCUGUGUAGUGGGCGUCAGCCCAUCACUAUGGUUUUAUACUCGCAAUGUUUCUUUUUAUUUACCUUUUUUGUUUCUUAAUCAGUGUUUUUGUUCUCGAGGCCCGUGGCCGGCUGCCCCGGGUGUGGGGGGGGUUUGUGUAAAAUGAAAUGGAAAACCCGAGGGCCAAUGGGAGCCCCGGAGACGACCCCCGUGGGGAGCAGCCAGAGCAGUCGGCUGCUCUGCAGCGGCGGAGGGAGCGCGGUGAGGCGCUCCGCUGGGCCCCGGUGGUUUUGGGCUCGCUGAGGCUCUAUCCUGCAGUCUGUAAUGAGUCUGCUCCCGAAAUAGAAGUCCCACGACCACAAGGGGAACACAAGCCGCUGGAGACUCGUCGGAGGGCUCCACAGCCCCUGCAUUGAAACCCUGUGGCCUCGUCUUCAUCUUUUCAUGCGUUUGCCCAUUUAGGGAGAAGCAGAAGGCUUUGAUUUUUAUGACAUGUUUUACUCGACCUGUCCAAUUCUUUGUUUUCUUUUGAUUUGGCCUUGGGUGGCUGAAUCUGCCCCCCCCCCCCCCCCCCUCUACACUCCCUUAGACGUUAGGGCAGGUCUGUGGCACACUGGAAACCACUCUAGGAAAAUGUGGCAUAGUUGCUGGUAAAGGGAGCGGGCUGUUUGUGUGUUGCCUCGGCGCAGUGGAUCAGCACGCAUUUCAAUCUGAGUGUGUUAUCUAAGGCUGCCAUGUUGUGGUUGGAAGGUGGGGAGUUUAUUGCAGAAGGCUUCAGAUUCAUCAAUGUUGUUGCACCCCUCCCCCCGUCCCAUGGAAGAAAUCUUGCCCCCUUUAUUUCUAGUCAAUCAAUAUAUUUAAGGUAAACUCCCUAGUCUAUCCUUUAAAAUAGAGUGAAAGAUGAUUUUUAAGAGAAAGAAAUAUUUGACGAUUUUAGUUGAAAACCUGUUUUUGUUUUUUUGAAAGUGCUUAAUGUACAAAUAAAGAGUAAAACUGG